AUGGCGAUGAUGCAAAGUCAGGCUUCGGAUGGACGUGGCAUCCGCCACUCCUCCCAGACAGAAGAUCAGCUGAAGUUGGAAGGUGUGGACCAAGAUAAGCACCUUUGGCAUGGCAGAGAUUCUGCGGUCGCAACGGUUCAUAAGCACGUGGCGCACCAGCAGGGCGCUGUGAAAGGUACCUUAGGCAUGGUACAAGGUGUGAUCUUUCCCUGCAUGGGGAACAUCUUGGGUGUGAUUCUUUUCCUCCGCGGUCCUUGGAUUGUGGGAAAAGGUGGCAUUUUAGAAGCCUUCGGGGUUGGCGCAGUGUGCUGCACCUGUACCUUUCUCACCACGCUUAGCCUCUCAGCCAUCGCCACGAACGGCAAAAUCGCUGGAGGAGGUGCAUACUACCUGAUUUCGCGGUCCUUAGGUCCGGCCUUGGGUGCUGGAGUUGGUCUGUGCUUUUACAUGGCGAACUCCAUUGGAGCUGCUAUGUACUUCAUGGGUUGUGUCGAAGCUUGGGAGAUAGCUCAGCCGAAUUACCAGAUAGGCGAGAUCGGUGAUUUGAACAAUGUUCGAUUUACUGGCUACUUGAUCCUGGUCUUUGCUGUGUUCAUCAUUUUUGGUGGCAUCAAGUAUGUUUCACGCUUGGGAACUGUGUUCCUCAUGGUGGUGCUGUUCGUCAUACUGUGUAUGUAUGUGGGAUGCCUAAUGGGUCCCACUGAUGGGCGGCCUUCCACUUUCACUGUGCCCAUUGUGGCGGAAAACGGGACGACGUUCGGGAAGACACUGACGUGGACAGGUCCUAGUGCUCAAUCGUUCAGCGACAACUGGAAGUCUGCUUGGGAUGCACCACAACUGGCGUUCCCCAAAGAUACCACCGAGUACAGCUUUGUGAACAUGAUGGGUCUCUACUUCCCAUCCGUGACCGGCAUCAUGGCGGGUGCGAACCGAUCUGCCGACCUGGCAGAUCCUACGAAGUCCAUCCCAAAGGGGACUCUCUUUGCACAGAUGUUCACCAGUUUCAUCUACCUCUCUUUUAUUUUUGUCUUUGGAAGCGUUGCCCCUCGAGAAACUUUGUUGAACGACAAGUUCUUCGCAGCCACGUCAGCGUUUCCUCUGAAGGAGGUGGUGAUCUACGGAGUCAUGGCCUCGAGUCUUGGAGCUGGACUCAACUCUUUGGUUUCAGGAACCAAGUUGCUGAGCGCCAUCGCCGGUGAUGGCACCCUGCCGAUUCUGCGAUUCUUCAAGGCUACUCCGGGAAAAGAACCCCGCCUUGCACUUCUGGCAAGUGGUGCACUUUGCGCCUUAUCCAUUACCAUUGGUGAGCUGAACGCCAUUGCACCGCUUUUGACGAUGUUCUUUCUCAUGUGCUACACAUGCGUCAACAUGUCAUGUACCAUCCUGCACUUUGUGAGCGAUCCAAACUGGCGACCGACCUUCCGCUAUCAUCACUGGUCCAUCUCUCUGAUAGCUGCGGCAUUGUGUGUGUGGAUGAUGUUUGCUAUGGCAGCUGUCAUUGCUAUGGCGGCUAUUGCCUUCUGCAGCAUCAUCCUAGCGUACGCAGCCUACAACUCCGCUAACACCAAGUGGGGUGACGGUUUCCAGGGAAUGAAAUUUCAGCUCGCGAAAAACAUCCUGAUUAGUAUGGAUGCCAAACUGCACACCAAGAACUGGCGGCCACAAUUGCUAGUGGUGACAGAACCAAAGAUGAGGUCGCUCAACUCCUUCGAAGGAUCAGCUCUGAUCUUCCCGGAUCUGGGUCUGUUGAAGACGGCGUCGCAGAUGAAGAACGGCCGCGGCUUCGUGGUCAUCGGCGGCAUCGUCUCGCACAAGGUGAAAACAUUAUCUCAGGGUGGACUCUUCUUGAGCGAGAAGAUGGCGGACCAAGUGGCAGAAGGAAACUACGAGGUGAAGGAGCUCUUGCGAAAGUACAUGAUUGAUGGCUUCGGAAAGGUGGUUUACUCGGACGACUUUGCCAACGGUCUGGCUAGCCUGGUACAGUCAGGUGGCAUGGGCGCCUUCGAACCCAACUGCAUAUUGGCUUCAUGGCCAAAGAAUGUUCUGGACUUGGGACGCGAAGGUGUGGAGAAGAGAUCCAAACUUGUGAAUAUGGUACAGAUCUCCGCCAUCUUUCAGAAGGUGAUGAUAUUGACCAAGGGAUUGGAAUGGCCAGAGUUUGAGGAACGCCUGACGGGCAACAUCGAUAUUUGGUGGAUUGUUGGAGAUGGAGGAGUUCUUUUGUUGUUGCCCAGCCUCCUGAAGAAGCACAAGGUUUGGUCCGGCUGUCAUAUUCGGCUCUUCGUCUUGGCUGACAGGGCUGGAGAUGAUGUGGACCAGAUGCAGCAGGAGCUUGACACGUAUGUUCGAGACUUCCGCUUGAAGAUCGAAGUCUUUAUCAAGGUGGUGGAUGAUGUAGUGGCUGGAAUAUCCAGAAGCGACACUACCAUGGAGCCACCGCCAGAUGAUGCCGUGCCAACGGAGCAUGAUGUGGAGGCCGGUUUGGCCAGCAACGACCUCCCCAAACGUGUGACGAGUGGAGCAAGCUUGCAGGAGACUCUGAACCGCUGGCGUGGACGGCAGCAGUUUCAGCGUGAGAGGUCUUUCGACAGCCGAGUUAGCGGUGGUUCUGGUCCAGAACAUCAUCCGAACUCGGGAAAUCCUGGAGGAUCCUGGUCGACGCGACACUUCACACUGCACAAACAUCGGCAGCAAUUCCCUGAGCGACUUCCACAGUGGGCACCUGAUCCGCCCUUGCUGACAGCAGAGGAGCUGGCUGCCAUGAAUAGCAUGACGGAUCCGGGACCUGGAAGCAAGUUCCCUACGACUUCGAUCGACCAAUUGCGUUUUGGUGAACAUGAUCACAGUGGACUGCAGCGGGUGAUCAGCGAGAACAGUCAGCUGAACCGCAUUCACAGUGGAGGGGAAUUCAAUCGACAGGUGAGUGUGGAAGGAGGCAAGCGGACCCUGUUCCUCCAUGAUGCCCGACAGCUUGCAGCGACCUCGCCAUGUUCACCUCAAGAGCUCUCGGUGGUAUCCGUGCUCAACAAAGUGAUGCUGGAG